AUGUACAAUCAUUGGUAUGAAAAGAUCAGCGGCAGCGCUCUCCGCCAUAUUUGUUGUUGUCGUCGAUGGGGUAGACUAGACCACAAAGUGCUGGGAUUGGAGGUUGUGCGGGGUAGGGAACCAGCGGCCAACCUGGCUGGGAGCCCUGCGAUAGGGGAUGACCCCCGUACAAUGUUGGACUGGGAAGAAGGAGAUAGAUUUUCGUUUGAAGAUUCGGAUAGAUUUGAUGGAGAUUCAUUAUGUAGUUGGAGCAGUGAACCAGAAUCUGUGUACAACAACUGGAGAGGAUGGAAGAGGCCUACGCUAGGAUCAGGCACCUUUGGAUCGUCGAAGAGAUCAACAGAAGAUCAAAAUCUUGCAAGAAAGAUCUCUGGAGCCAAAUAAAUGCUGCCCUUGCUGCUAACAGCAAAUGACAAAGGCCAGAUUUAGGUGCUCAUCAUUCUAGUAGUGGUAGUGCUGGGAGCUGUGGGGCGCCCGUGGGACCAUCUGUCGGAGCAGUGCCCUUGCUGGAAACAUCCAACAGAUUUGUAGAAAGCAGUAACACCUGUAAUCCUGUUGUUGCUGUAAAUUCAGAAGAAGGAAACAACAGGCUGUUGCUACAUAAUGGAGUAGUGUGGGAUAACCGGUACCCUGUAGAAGCAAGAUCAACUCUGGAUAGAGCAUCUUGGGGGGAAGGAUGUAGUAACAGGUGACUGCCUCUCCCAAUAACUGAACCAGUAGGUAUUAUACCUCGAUACAGUCUCAGCUAGAAAAUUGUAUGUUGUUAAUAAGAACUUAUGUUGGAACUCUUCCAUUUUGUUUACCUUUAUUUAUAUUGUAGUGUGAUGUUAUUGGAAAAUUUGAGGAUUAUAUUUGUGCACAGUAUCUUGCAGAAAGAAUGGGUGUGAUCUUCCAUUCCAAAACACAAGCAGCCAUGCUUUGAACAUUCUCAUGUACUCGAUAUUUUAAAGGUCCAUAAAUAUUUCAUCAUCUUCAUAUUUAAUUCAUAAAAUCAUUCUAGCAAAGAGGAAGGAAUAAUAUUCCAUGCACAUGUAAUGAAUGAUUUUAUUCCAUUUUCUUGUGUGUAUGACACACUUUCAUCAAAAGAUAUCUCAUUGUAUUUUUUCCUUACUUUAGAUAGUAGUGUGUGGACAUUAGUGUAGUGGUUUUUGAGUGAAUGUGAUGAGCGAAUGAUUUCAAAAUGUAAUAUGUAUGACAUCAUUAAGUUGCAUUUUUUAAACAUAUGAGGUCUUGUACUUUUGUUGACUCUCAAAUUUGUGAUAAAAAUAUUUUGUUAAUGAGGAAAAUCUGCUGUAGAAGUUUCUUAAUCAUUUGUUUACAAUUGUAAAUUUUUAAAAUCAUAUUGUUAAUUUUCAACAGCAGAUAAUACUUUCCUUAGCACUGAAUUUUGAAAGUAUUAUUUUUGUUCACAUUAAAAAUACCUGCUACCUCGUUUUUUGAAGAUAUGAUAGGUACUUCUUAAUUCUUGAUAAAGGUAGUUUUCUACAACUCAUACAAUUUUUUUUCAGUGAAUACUUUUGUGAGGUUCUCAUACCCUUUAUUAUGUUUUUGCCUUUUCUGUAUUUUAAUUUCCUGUUGAUGACUAAAUUGACAAACAUUGUAGUGAAAGUAGAAGAAUCCUUUCUUUAUAGAGGUCACUAUAUAAAAAUUAUAUUAAAUUUCCUAUUUACAGACAACUGAAGUUGAACUUGAUACAUUUGUUUUGAGAAGUGAGAAAAUACAAUGUUUUCCCUAAGAUUUUCACGAACGUUUUCCUUCUGCUGACACAAGCUAAUGUUUUUAAUUGUACCUUUCUACUUUUCUUGUUUUAUGAGAUUACAUUGUGUUAAAAAAAUAGUGAAGUUGUAAAGGUGCCAUGAGUUGCAGAUUCUGAAACAACUGGUUCAGUUGUUGGGAAAACUACUUGAUUUUUAAAAUUUUGGGGGUUUGUCAUUCAAAAUUUCACUAAGGAAAGCAUUGUGUGAUUGUGUGCCCAUAACACCCACAUCCAUAGUAAUUCACCUUCACUUCCAAAGUAAUGUGCUAUGUUUUGAAAAGAAAAAUGUCUCUGUGGCGUAAAUAUUGCAUUGGAAAUUGUGUUGCCUCAUUAAGUGUUGUUUGAAUCUAUAGGUUGGGGGUGAUCAGAAUAAGACUUCCAAUAUUAUGUGCCUUUCAGAAUAGGAGCAUUAAUGUUUAUAUGCUCUAUGUGUGUUUUCAUUAUUGUAUCUACUUCUGUUCAGAAGUAGAGAGGAGAACAUUUCUCUCUUCAUCCCCAACUGACUGGAUACUGGACUGUAAUUCCUUUGCAACAUUUAUUAUGGACUAAGUAGCAAACAAAAUUAGAAACCGUAUUUCAUACUUACCUCUCUGAGGAAAACUCAGUGGAAUAAACACAUUUCUUUUAUUGUUUUAUGAAAAAUACUUUUGAUAUUUUGUCAUGUGUUUUUUGUUGUUUUUUCUCUUCCUUUUUAUUUUUUAAAAAAGUUGUAAUAUAGUAUGAGGGUCAAAUGUUUUUUCUUUGCUAUAAUUAUUUUAUAAGUUUCUAGAUGUGGGUUUUAGUGUGUGUAUAUCCAUGCAACGCAUUCAGAAGUGAUUCAUAAAAAUUCCUCAACAAUUGAACCAUUCUCUUUUUGUAAGUUUUCAUUGGUGAAAAUUUUGCUUACUAGUGAACUUUUUUAAUUGGUUGAGAUUUAAAUUGCAAGUUCUCGGGUUUGUGUGUCCGUACCAUGCAGGCCUUGGGAAAACAUUUACACCAGUACUUGUUCUUAUUUCUUGUGGUUCAGUCUUCAUGAAAGCUAGUCAUUCAAACAGUUUUCUGUACAAUGCAAUAGUUAAUGUAAAGGUAUUUAUUAAUAAUUUAUUAACAACUUCAAGACAAUGUAAUUAAAGUUUAAAUGUGUAUUAUCAAUCAAUUUAUCCAAUUCAUCUUGAGGAUUUUAGGCAAAGACAAAACUUCAAUGGUAAUUGUACCACUAGCACAGAACAUAUCACAAAUUCCAAGUGGAUGUGUUGGGAUGUAAUGGAUUGGUAUUACUGCAUUUCAAGCUGUAGUUUUAUCACCAUGCUCGAUACCACUCCUAGCGCAUAGCAACAGGUGCGAGUGUUAAUACGAGUAUUUAUGAAUGUGAAUGAAAGGGUGACUGGCUUUCUGUACCAUUUUUUUAAAUGAGUUCUGUAAUAAUAAAAAAAAUUAUUAUAUUUUCAUGAUUUGAUAAAGAAGAUGAGCAGAAAAAAUUGGUAUAGUUGCAAUAUUUUUUUACAAAUUAAAAAUAAUUUAAUUUUUCAUCCAAGUGACUGAUUUUUAAAAAAAUGUACUGUUCCUACAUCUUGACUUUCUAUUAUACAAAAAAAGUAUUAGGGGUUUCAUUUUCAAUAAAAUCUAAUUUGAGUUUCAUUUAUUUUGUGUAUGUUCUCCGUGCAAGUAUUACUCUUGCAUAAUACUUAUUUAAAUGCGAAUGAAAAUAUUAUCUUUUGCCAUUAUUAUAAAUAUAAUUUAUUUCUUUUGAAUUGUUUUGAUAAAUAUGUUUUAUUGGAUUAAAAAUAAUAUUUUGUCAUGAAUAUGUUCUCUUUUCUCAUUAAAGAUGUUUCAAAUACAUGGUGUUUAAUUGAUUUUUCAAAAAUGAUCAUUGCAAUGUUCAUUAUUGUGAGAGAAUUACUGUGUAUUAUUCAUUUAGAGUAGAAUGUAUUGACUAGGAAAUUUGAAUUUCAAUAAUUUGAUAUUAUUAUACUGUGGCCAGAUUUCAUAUUCUGGAUGUCUGAGAAAUAUUGUUACAGUAAUUAUGGGAGUUGAUUUUAUUAUUCCAUACCUUCAUAUUUCAGUAUUUUGGUUAAGGCUUUGUGAUUCAGAAAUUUUUUUUUUUUUUUUGGUCAAUAUUGCAGAGAAAGUAGAUUUUUUUGUUUUGUUUGUUAUAUUUAUUCUAAGAUACUUUUUUCAUUUUAAAUUAGUGAUUCAAUGUUGAAAUGUUGAGCAAACAUGGAAAGUUUUUUGUCUUGAGUACACAUGGAUUGAAGAAUCGACGAACUGAUGUAGUUUUGUGUUUUUUAUUUUUGGUGACAGUUUGUUUUUUAUUCUGUAAAUCUAUUUCCAAAUUUUUAUUUAAUAGAAAGACUGUGUCAUUAACAGUAGCCUGGUAACCUUGUUAUUUUGUCAUUUCUUAAAUCGGAUCUUAUUGUUGUUUUUAUUUUGUUUCACACUUGCUACAUGAAGUUCAUAUAAUUCUUUUUCCAUUCUCAUUUUUUAUGAGAAACCAUGUUCAGCAAUUCAGUCUUUAAAGAAUCUCUAUUUAUUAAAUAUUUCUUUCUUUAAGAAAGGAAAGUGAUGCUUAUUUGUGUAACUGAGGUCCUUCUUAUAAUGUAGAUCAGUAUAUUGUUUUGGAAAAUUUAGAGUAGGUAUGAAAACUUGAAUGUUAUUGUCUACACUUGGACACUCAUUAAUGGUUAGUUGAAUGUCCUUUCCUUUAAAUAUGUCUGUGCUGGAUGCAUUUUUUAAAAGAUUUUUGACACUUAUUCCAUUCAUUGAUAAAGUGUGGGAUUCAAAAAGGUACUGCAGUAUCAUUUUGGAGAAUAUAUAUAUAGUAUUUGAAUGAAUGAAUGAAGCCUAUUUUUCAACUUUUAAAUCACUUCAAAAAUAAAUAGAUACAAUAGUACUCUUUAGUAGUGGCAAUCAGAUAUUGUGUAAUUUGAACAUAAAUAGUGACCAUGUUUAUGGCAUGAGCGUUAGUUUUUCAGUGAAAAUGUAAUGGACUGAACUUAAAAUUGUCUUCUCAUGGCUAUAAGUAAGCUAGUACAGGUAAGCAGGAAAGUAAUUUCGAUGUAAAGCACUAACAAAAUUGCAGAAGGAAAUAUAAUAUAUACAUAUAUUUUUUCACAAUACAUUUGUGGCAGGUGCACUGGUUUGUGAAACUUUUAUUUCAUGCAUCCUUAAAACAUUUCUCAGCUUUCUCUGUGGAAAAAAAAUAUACCAUUGGAAUAUUAAAGUACACUUUUCUAUAUUCACUUUUAGAUAUUUCUUGUAACAAAACAACCCAAAAACUGUUAAAUGCUCCAUUUCCAAUGUUCCCUAAAUUUUAAAAUUAUAAAUUGAAAACAUACAAAAUUUAAUUCUCACUGCAAUUUCUGAAUUUCUACAAAUUGUUUAAGACAUUGAAUGUGACCAAGUGUGAUAUAGUUUUUCAUUUUUCCUUAAGAACUCGUUAUGAUAGACUAAAUUCUUGAGAGUGAUGUAUUCCAUUAAAUAAACAAAAUUAGAUUUUUAUUUAUCUCUGUUGAUCAAGAGACCAAAAACUUCAGUAUUUAAACCAUGGGAAAGAAGUGUAUUUAACAUGAUGGUGAGGAUUGCAGUAGGUGUUACUUAAAUUUCAGUUGACUGAUUUUAUGUUCAUGCAUUCAUUUAUUUUUUUAUCAUGAUAAAUAGUAGAUUGAAAUAAUAAUGAUAAUAAUUAUGAUUAUUAUUAUUACUUUUGUGGUAAUGACAUUUUUUAAAUAUGCAAAAUGAGGACAGAAUUUGUAAUUCUUUGUGUUACUGUAUCUCUAUCUGCCCAAUACUUGUUUGCCAUUAUUUUGAAUGUAAACGGACAUGUAAUUCUCCAAACUGUGCCAUUUUUUCCAUUGUGACUGUAAAUUUUUAAUAAAGAGUUUAAAUAUAAUAAGUGCAUUUUGUUGCUAAUAGAUAUUCUCAAAUACUAGAAUUAAGUGAAAUUAUAAUCUGUAGGAUUUCAAAAUUUAUACUAAUAAUAGGAGGAACGUUCACAUCUGGAUGCAACAUUACAAAAUUGACUUAAUUUUUUGUUGUACUUUCUGUUUUUUUCUUUUUUCUUUUUUUCUUUCUUCUU